CCCGAAACUGUGUUAUUUCCCGCUGGCGCUGCUAUUGUGAUAUACAUCAAAGUCAACAUGAUAGAUAAAAUUUGUUUUCGAAAAUGAAGAGCUAUCUGGAAUUUGCCUUGUUUGUAAUUCACUAUGCUGUGGCAAUACAGAAAUUCAGUAGAUGUCCAUCAGCUGUUUCAAGAGGAUUAAUAGCACAGGAGACUUGCCCUAGAGCUCCUAAACAUUAUCACUGUCUUGAGAAUCUACAAUCUGAAGACUUCCUGCAAAUAUGCAUAAGACCAGAACGUAUUGAAGAAGGAGAAUAUCCUGUGUUUCAAGAUAGUACAGCAAAAUAUAUAUUUCCAAAGACAUGUGUGUCAAGCAGAUAUCAACCAAGACCUAUGUUUACUUAUGAAAGAAAUGAAUGUUGGUAUGAAAAGUCAUCUUGUACAGAGGAAGGACAGAUUAUUUUCAGCAAUGGAAGUGCUACAAAUGACAGAACUUGUCGUUGUGAUUAUACUAAAGGCUAUGCAUUUAUUUCCACACCAAUUAACACAUGUUAUUGUGUUCCAUCAAAAGAAAACUGUUCCUGCUACAAGAAAGAAUGCUUGAACAAAAAAGAAGUUUUAAAUGCAGAUUAUGUGUGUUCUACAGUCAAAGAUAACGAAACUUGCCCAGUUAUUGUCCGUACAGAUCAUCCAGAUAUACCUGAGAAGAAAAUCAAUAAAACAGUUAUAAAUACAGUUUUGUAUAGUAAUCAAGUCAAAUUAUUGAGACAGAGUGCUACGAUCAAAUAUAUUAUUAUUCUGGUUAUUCUGUUGUCAACCAUCAUCAUCAUUUAUUAUUUACUUCAAUAUGAUAAACGAAUCUCCAAUUCUAUGUUUUCAUGUUUAAACCAGCAAUGUAGUGAAGAAUCGUCAAAACCAGAGUCAGUCCCAUCCACGGAAAAGAAAAAUGAAGACAUUGGUGAAAUUGUUGAUUUGCAGAGGAAAAAGGAACACAUUGAACUAAGGAUUACUGAGGAGUUAAAGAACAUCAUGUUUAAAGAAUCAAAUUCUGUAUUGUUCGAAUGUACAGUGUCUAAGAAAAAUAGUCUGGCAACAUGGCUGAAAGAUGGCAAACAGAUUCAGACUAGAAGAUAUAUUUGUCAAUCAGAAGAGAAUAGUCAUUCUCUUAAAAUUGAGAAGGCAAGCCUACAAGAUAUUGGAACGUAUACAGUAAUCAUUGAGGAUAAGUUGAGCUUUGCAAUGCUUUCCAAAGAAGAGGAUGUUGAACACUUGUCUGAUGUUAAAGUUACAAUGGAAGAUACCAAGCCUUCAUCAAAUAAACAGGAUGAUGGUGAACAUUUGUCUGCUGCUAAGAAAGUUAUAAUGGGAAAUACCAAGCCUUUACCAAAUGAACAACAAGAAAAGACAGAAAUCACAGAUACAAAUACAUGUGCUUCAAAAAACAACACAUUUGAUUCUGCAGAAGAAAUUGGAACAAGUCAGAAGGAGAGCCUUUCAUUGAAAAAAGCAGAUAAAGAGAUCUAUGAUGCUGUUAUAGUAUGUGAAACAGAAGAUGAAAGAGAAGCAGAAGAAUUUUUUCAGCAUAUUAAAGCGUUAGAUAAAGAGUGGCAGUUAGAUAUAAAGAUUGGUUUUAGUCAAGAAAUGUUAUUUAAAGGUAGUAAAAUCAGCAGUGAUGAGAAACUUUUUGAUGUGGCAAGAUAUAUACUUAUUUUUUUUACUAAAAGGAGUACAGAAAUGAUACAACGUUUUAAAAAUGAAGGUCUUUUAGUGAAUUCAUUAUCUGAUACAGACAAGAUGUUUCGUGUUAUUCCAGUGUCUGUGGAUGGACCUGAGUGUAUUCCUUAUGAGUUUGGUUCAUUGAUUCCAAUCAACUACUACAACUAUAAAAUGACAAGAAAUAGAGGACUUGAAGACAAAGUGUAUAUUAAGAUGCUACAAAGGCUCUUUCAAACUGGAAGAAAAGAACAUUUACCAUAUUAGCAGAAGGUACAAAAGUGCUUGUACAUACACAACCGUUAUUCUGUAAUGUAGAAAGCACUAAAAUUGUAUUAAGCUUUCAUUUAACCUUCACCACAUUUUCGUGGUUCAUUGCAAUUGGUCAAUACAAAUGUUUUUAUAUGACCAUGUCAUAUACUGGUAUCACAGCAUAGUCAGCAUCGCACAAAAGCAUUUGGUUUCUUGACAAUAACUUUAGUAUAAGUAAAUAGAAAUCUAUGAAAUUUAUACACAAGGUAAAUUACUACAAAAGGAAAAUUGGGAUUGAUUAAUGGGUUAUUGUCUUAAAGUCAUAAGAAACGAGUGACCGGUGAAAAAUAAUGUUCUUCCAAUUUUUAAACCAAUGCAUACAAACAUCAUAAACUUAGUCUUCUGUGAUCGAAAUUAUUAUUUUUUUCGUGUAAAUUUCGUAUAAUCAUCAAUUUUUUUUUCAAUCGGUCAGUGUUGUUGUGAAAAUAUAGCAGAUAAUUAAAGUUUGUGUUUUGAAGCCGAAGUUUAACGAUCGUCACCUGUUUGUCAACAAUUGACGAAAAAUAAACAAAAAAGCAUGGAAAUUGAGCACGUGUUUAACAUGUAAAUUCAGAUAAUAUUUUAUUUUAAGGACAUCCAUGCGUAUUGCGGUCACCGGAUUUUUACGAGAUGGGUCACACUGAGGUCACCUUGCAUACGGAAAAUAUAUCGGGGGAAUUGCUUGCUGGAAGGAAGCAAUUCAAAUAAAGUAAACUUCUUCUAAAUAUGAAUAAAGUAAAGAAUUGUCUUCAGAAAAAAGUAUACUACAUAAGUUUUACAAUGAAAACUAUCCAUUGAGUUAUAAAAAAAAUAUGCAUUAUAUAAAAAAAAUAUGCAUUAUUUUUUUUGAUUUGAGGUUUCUUAUGACUUUAACAAUUUAGGAAAAAGGGGCCAUAAAGGGACCCAAAAAAGCAUUUUUUUUACUUUCGAGACAAGAACAAGAGAGGUGUAUGGAUCUCUCUGAAAUUAUACCACAAGUUCCCAUACCACAAAGGGAUGGAUAUGAUUGGCUUUGAGGAGUUAUGGCUAAAAAAAAUUAGGAAUUAGGGGCUUAAAAGGGUGAAAAACAAGGGUUUCCUUUUUAAAGGACAAUAACUUCAGACAUUGUAUAAGCAGUGAAGGGAGGUUAUCCAAACUGUACUUCAAGUACAAUGUAAUGUUGAAAUAGAGGAAGGGGGCAUUUUUUUUCUUCUCAAUUCUGAUUUUAGAAAAGUAAAAUUUCUUCAAAUAUAAUUUGGGGGGUCAAUACCCAACAGCAUAGUGUAAUUGCACAGUUAAUCUGUGUCAAUAACCUAUUAUGUGUCAAUUAUUUUAUUACAAUCUAAAUUCAGACCUUUAUCAAGCAUGAAUAUUGUGUCCAUUUUUGCCCAAACUGUUCAGGUUGGACCUCUGUAGUUGUAUCCAGCUGCGCUGGGCGAAGCAAUUUAUUUUUAUUUAGUUCGUUUCUCGGAAACUAUCAGAAAUAGGUCUUAUUUAUUUUUGUGUACGGAAAGAUUGUGAGAUGUUCAAGUCUGAAUGUCAGGAUUUCAAGGUUUAUCUGACUUUGACCUUAUUGUCAUUAUCCAUUAGCCAAUGUAAUGUUUUAUGAUUGAUUAUGUUUUUCAGAUACUUGCAAUAGGUUAACUAUGUUCAGCUUAUAGACAGUUUGUACUGUGCACAUGUACGAUAGCUGUCUGGCAGAGUUCAUUUGACCUCAUAUAAAAAUCAGAAGUGGUAUGAUUGCAAAUGACAAAGGUAUAAUCAAUUGUAGUUCACCAUUUGGUUUUCAACAAUGAGCAAACUUUGCAAAAACCCCAAAUUGCAAAGUACACUAUUAAAGGUUAAGGUGGUAUGGGAGUCUAAAAUAAAAAUGAUAGAAUUUGCUCAUGCUUUGCCAAAAUGUAGAAUCUAUUAAUACAUGUUCAAAAAUAUAAUAAAAAUGAUAGGUCACUGUGUGAGCCAAAAUUUGUUCCAGUGAAAAAAGUUCCAGUGGAACUAAUUUCAUAAGAAAUAUGUUCUGGGAGACCUAUUUUUAUAGACAAUUUCUAUAUAAUUUGUUCUAUCUCUAUGAAAUAAGUUCUACACUUUACCUGGUGAUAUAGGUUCUGUGUUAGUGAAAUUUGUUCCUUACCUAGUGAAAUAAGUUCUAGAUUUGUAGAGAUUUGUUCCUCACCUGGUGAAAUAAGUUCCGUUUGUGAAAUAUGUUCCACUGGUUAAGCAAGUUAUCUUAUAUACUUGUUACAACUGCACAUUUUUUUCAAGCUACAGAUUGUGACAAGAGUACAGAUUAUUUUGUAAGGAUUAUAUUGGAAAACUAUUUUGUUAUUAACUACUAAACAAAAUGAUAGAAUUGUAAAAUAAAUUAGGAAAAGAUAGCUUACAGACAAUGCUUUGAGAAUAUCAAAAGAACAGAUAGGGUCACGCACAUUAUUUCCUGCUAAAAUACAAAAUAGGAAAAUUCCAUGUAGAAUUCUCCAGAAAAUGGACCGUUUUAGAGUUACUUCCCCUUGAAAUGCAUAUUUAUAAACUUUUCAAAACAACUAAAAAUUAUCUUCACUUGUAAAAAUUUUAAUAUUCUUGUAAGUUAUAUUUUUAUAAAUUGGUUCUUUUAAAUGAAGGUUCACAUUUAGUAUCUGCAUUCCUGCAUCAAAUUUUGCUAACUUGAUAAAAGUUUGGACCUUGGGUUUUCCUUUUAAAAUAAAUGACAAAAAUAUAACAAUUCAAACAAGAAUGGAAAUGGCCUGAUUAAUGUUCAAAACAAUGAGCAAACAACAGAUAUGAUAAAAAGCAACAAACAUUAAUGCCCAAAUAACACUGUCACUAACAGAAUGUAACGUAGUAAAACAUGCUUGGCUGCACCAAAUCCUCAUUUUACCUUGGACAGCACCACAUAUAAACUAACUAUAAAAUCAGUUAAAAAGGGAUUACUUUAUCAGAUCAAUCCAAAACAUAAAGAAAAACAAUACCUUGUUCAGUGCCAAAUUUCUUAUAAACAAGUAGCAAAUAGGUAAUCAUAUUAGGUUUAUGGAAGGAUGUUAGCUAUGCAUGUACAUCUGACCGGACCUCAUUAUCAUGGAUCAUAAAUUUACAAUAUUUUAUGUAAUAUUUGUUGUAUGACCUUAACCUUUUAAUAAGACCUUCAACAUAAAUUCAAUCAUGAUCCGUAAAUUAAAGCAUGAGACUUCAACAUGUGCACUCUUAAUUUAAUACAAACAUCUUUGAUAAUUCGCAGAGUAAAUCUAGUCAUUAUCUUUUAAGCUAUCCACUUGUUAAUUUUCAUGCACUCACAUACAAAUGACAUAUGAUGUUGAAUAUACAGUUUUUUUCUGUUUUUUGAAGUUUGAUUUAUUUUGCUAAUUGCUAGUUUAUGCUGUUUUUAAAUAUUUACCUCUUAUUUAUACAUGUUUUAAUAACCUCGGUAAUAUCUGUGUUAAAUAUUAUAAAGGAUCCUAAGUGUUUGAAAGCAGUCUUGAUUUGUUUGGAAAAUAUAUUUAUUCUUAUGAACUUUUUUUUUUUUUAAAGCAUCAAAGCGUUAUUAUAUUAAGGAUAUACACUAAACAUGAUUUACAUAUUUACUGUAUUCAUUAUUGUAAAAGAAUCAUUCAUUUUUUUUAGCUCAUCUGGCUCAAAGGGCCAAGUGAGCUUUUCUCAUCACUUGUCGUCCUGCAUCUGUCGUCGUUAACUUUUACAAAAAUCUUCUCCUGAAACCACUGGGCCAAAUUUAACCAAACUUAGCCACAGUUAUCAUUGGGGUUUCUAGUUUAAAAUAUGUGUGGCGUGACCCACUAAACCAAACAAGAUGGCCACCACGGCUAAAAAUAGAACAUAGGGGUAAAAUGCAGUUUUUGGCUUAUAACUCAAAAACCAAAGCAUUUAGAGCAAAUCUGACAUGGGGUUUAAUUGUUUAUCAGGUCAAGAUCUAAUUUUCAGAUGAGUCGAACAACCCGUUGUUGGGUUGCUGCCCCUGAAUUGGUAAUUUUGCUGUUUUUUGUUAUUAUCUUGAAUAAUAUUAUAGAUAGAGAUAAACUGUAAACAGCAAUAAUGUUCAGCAAAGUCAGAUUUACAAAUAAGUCAACAUGAAUGAAAUGGUCAGUUGACCCCUUUAGGAGUUGUUGCCCUUUAUAGUAAAUUUUUAACCAUUUUUCAUAAAUCUUAGUUAUCUUGUACAAAAAUCUUCUCCUCUGAAACUACUGGGCCAAAUUAACCCAACUUAGCCACAAUCAUAAUUUGGUUAUCUUGUUAAAAGAAUGUGUGGCAUGACCCGAGUAGCUAACCAAGAUGGCUGCCACGGCUAAAAAUAGAACAAAGAGGUAAAAUUCAGUUUUUGGCUUAUACCUCAAAAACCAAAGCAUUUAAAGCAAAUCUGACAUGAAGUAAAAUUGUUUAUCAGGUCAAGAUCUAUCUGCCCUGAAAUUUUCAGAUGAAUCGGACAAUCAGUUGUUGAGUUGCUGCCCCUGAAUUGGUAAUUUUAAGGAAAUGUUGCUGUUUUUUUAUGAUCUUGAAUAUUAUUAUAUAUAGAUAUAAACUGUAAAAAGCAAUAAAUGUCGGCAAAGUUAGAUCUACAAAUAAGUCAACAUGACUGAAAUGAUGAGUUGCCCCCUUUAGGAGUUAUUGCCCUUUAUAGUUAAUUUUUAAACAUUUUUCGUAAAUCUUAGUAAUCUUUUACAAAAAUCUUCUCCUCUGAAACUACUGGGCCAAGUUCAUUAUAGAUAAAGAUAAUUGUAAGCAGCAAGAAUGUUUGGUAAAGUAAGAUGUACAAACACAUCACCAUCACCAAAACACAAUUUUGUCAUGAAUCCAUAUGCGUCCUUUAUUUAAUAUUCACAUAGACCAAGGUGAGCGACACAGGCUCUUUAGAGCCUCUAGUUCGUAAAUCUUAGUUAUCUUUUACAAAAGUCUUCUUCUCUGAAACUACUGGGCCAAAUUAAACCAAACUUGGCCACAAUGAUCAUUAGAGUAUCUUGUUAAAAAAUUGUGUCUGUUGACCCGGUCAACCAACCAAAAUGGCCGACAUGGCUAAAAAUAGAACAUAGGGGUAAAGUGCAGUGUUUGGCUUAUAACUUAAAAAACCAAAGCAUUUAGAGCAAAUCUGACAAGGGUAUAAAUUGUUUAUAUGGUCAAGAUCUAUCUGCCCUUAAAAUUUCAUAUGAAUCGAACAACACGUUGUUGGGUUGCUGCCCCUGAAUUGGUAAUUUUAAGAAAAUUUUGCUGUUUUUGGUUAUUAUCUUGAAAAUUAUUAUAGAUAGAGAUAUUGAGAUUUGAAGAUCAGGGUAAACUAAUUGCACCCUUCUCUGAUUUUUGUUAUUCCCCCUUCCUCUUUUUAGCUCUUCUGGGAAAAGUUUUAAAUUUUGCUACUUUAUACCCAUAAAGAUUACAAAUUUGUCAGCUUAUGCACCCAUAUGCUUCCAUUAUUUUUAUGUUUAACCUCCAUUUAUUUUGAAAGGUUGAAAAAGCAAGGAGUUUUAAAUCAAUUCUGAAGCUGAUGGAAGAAAGUUCUUUUUUCAGAACAUAUUGGACUUCCACAUAUAUGGGUUUAGUGUUAAGAAGUCAUUAACACCCAAAGAAAAACAAUAUCAUAUGCAGUGCCAAAAAAGAUCCUUUCUUAUAAACAAGAAGCAAAUAGGUAAUCAUAUUAGGUUUAUGGAAUGAUGUUAGCUAUGCAUGUUCAUCUGACUGUACCUCCUUAUCAUGGAUCAUUUACAAUAUUAAUUUUAUGUAAAUUGUUGUAUGACCUUUUCAUUAAAUAAGACCUUCAACAUAAAUU